AAAACAGUAUGGUAACCCUGGACUGCGAAAAUAAAUGGCUGAUGGCAUUUGAAAGAAGUUCGUUAUGUGUUAUUUUCUGUGUGUAAAAUAUUAUUUAAUUGUAACAGCCAUUAUUUCAUUUACUAUUGUUUACUUUAUUAAACGGUUACUUUCCGCUAAUAUGUCCUUGAGUCAGUCAGAUGAAUUAAGUGACGAUGAAGUGUUUUUCGGAAAGCUGACUUUAAAAGAAUUAAAGAAACAUAUAUUAUGGGAUAAACAACAGAAAACAAUUCAUCCUGCAACUGCAAUAAACAGCCCAAUAUGUUCUGAUGAUCCCAAUGAAAGUUUAAAAUUAUUACAAGCUCAUUCACAACCUAAUCUACUUAAUCAUAAAGAAACAUCUAAUUGUAAUGAAUUUAAUGAAUCUGAGUGUGAUGUGAAAGCUGUAGAUGACAGUUUUAUUAAAAUGGAGGAUAUGGUGGCAAAAUUAUGUGUAUCACCCAGAAAGAGUGGAAAUGCUGGGGAACUGAAUAAUACACUAGAAGUUAUUGAAUAUAUUUUAAAUAAUCCUCCUAGUAGUACUAAAGAUAUAACUGACAAAACUGAACUGAGUAAUAAAUAUACUUCAACUAAGAAUGUAGUUAAUAAAUCUCCAACGAAAAACCACAAAGAAGAUAAAAGUAAAGAAGCAUCUAAACCCCCAGAACCUCCUCAGAAUACUCCUGUCAAAACUAAUCAUCAGAUCCAUAAACAUACUGAAGGAUUUUCAACACCAAGAGACAUGAAACAAAAACCCAUUUUUAAAACCCCAGCUCAACCUACAUCACUUAAAAAACCUUCUGCUACUUCAUUGAAGAAGACCCCUAGUCGAUCUAAUGCUUAUCAGCAUAUCAGCAGCCCAGUUGCUUCAUAUAUCAAAAACUGCCCUAUAGUACCAUUAGUAAAAGAUGUCCACCCAAAAAAGCCUUUACCUGGGACUUCAUCUAUUCCAAAAAUUAUCAAGAACACUUUACCAGCAGCUAAACCAUGCAACAAGGAAAAUGUAAACCUACCAUCAGUUGCAUACAAGAGUGCAAAGAAAACCAGAGUGAUUGACAUGCCAGAUGAUCCGAAAUUGCCACAGAGUCAAUGGGCAAAGAAAAUAAUGACCAGUUUACCAAGACCACUGGUUAUGAAGCAUGAUCACAGGGAGUUGAAUUAUGCCAAGAAAAAACUUAUACCUCAACAAGAAGACAGUUUUGCUGAUCUCUCAUACCACCAGGCUGAAGUCUCUGUGUGCACACAGAAGUCUGCAUUCAAGUCCAACAAAAAUUUUUGAGCUAUGACUUAGUUGUGUCCUAUAAUAAUUAUUAUUAUUUAACAGACUAUUAUGAUUAUGUAUUUUAAUAUUAAUUUCAAAUUAUAGUGAUGUUUUAAUCUAAUUUUUUUGUUUUAUUACAUUGCAUUGCAAUUCAUAUUUAUCUAUCUGAAGUAGCAAGAUCAGUAGUACUGAUUAUGUUGCUAUUGUAGUAUUAAAUUAAGUACCUACCACGGUUUG